GCUGGCUUUGCAGGGGCUGCUCGCUCGCAGCCCAAGACGCAGCUUUUUUUCCGGGUUCGGAGCCGUUCCGGAUGCUUUAGGUGCCGGAUGACUGAUCUCCGGAUACCUGAGGCGUUUCUGUACAUGGAUUAUCUGUGUUUUCGAGCACUGUGCUGCAAAGGACCGCCACCCGCACGGCCGGAGUAUGACCUGGUGUGCAUAGGGCUCUCGGGCGCCGGCAAGACCAGCCUGCUGUCCCAGCUCUGCAGCGAGAGCCGCGAAGACGUCGUGGCCACCACAGGCUUCAGCAUCAAGGCCGUGCCGUUCCAGAACGCCGUCCUGAACGUCAAGGAGCUGGGAGGGGCCGAUCAUAUCCGGAAAUACUGGAGUCGCUACUAUCAGGGGUCUCAAGGGGUGAUCUUCGUGCUGGACAGCGCGUCCUCAGAAGGCGACCUGGAGGCGGCCCGGAGCGAGCUGCACUCGGCCCUGCAGCACCCGCAGCUGUGCACGCUGCCCUUCCUCAUCCUGGCCAGCCACCAGGACAAGCCGGCCGCCCGCUCCGUGCAGGAGGUCAAGAAAUACUUUGAGCUUGAACCCCUGGCCCGUGGAAAACGCUGGAUCCUGCAGCCCUGCUCGCUGGACAACGUGGACGCUCUGAAAGACAGCUUCUGCCAGCUGAUAACUUUGCUGGAAGAGAAGGACCACGACGUCGUGAGAAUGUGAAACCUGGCCGAGAAAACGGGUCCCCGGAGGCCUUGAACCUACCUUGUUAGUUUCUCAUUUUAAUGUUAUUUUGGUGUCAGGACGUUAUUAGAAUGGCUUCAGUCUCUGUUUUCCUCUGGUUAUCUCAGACUCUCAUCUCUCUGUUAAAGUGACUAUUCUGUACCUCGGUUGAGUCACCGUCGGCACUAACGACAAGCACACACUACUGAGAGAGAGCUCCUUCUCUGUUGACCACUAACGCUCUCCACCGCAUGCCUCUUUCUUCUGCGGUCGAAGCGCCUCCUGUGCGCUGAGACGGAUGGAGCUCGGGGCUCACACAAGUCCCGUUCCCUGGCGGAGGACUCAGGGACACUCAGAGCCCCGACCCACCUUCCCUGGGCUUAGGGCGGGGCGUGGUGUGACUGGGUCCCCCGGGAUAUGUGCCCCAUUUCAAGAUCUCUCGGGGGUUUUGUUUUAUCUUCUUGUAUUUCUUUGGUUUUUGUAUACUGGCCUUACAGACGAGGGGAGAGAAAUGAGCACCAAAAGCUCUGGCUAAUUUCCUUACGGGAAAGGAAUGCCCCGCCACGCCAGAGCCCCCUUUGGAGAACUUGAGGACCAGCCGCCUCCCGUCCCCUGCAUUGUGGCCGGUCCCGCUCCCCCUGCGGGCGCAGAGGCGUUGCUUGAGCCUCUGGGGGGGGGCGGUUAGAGGAGAUCUGGCCGAUGCUGCGGCGCCGAUGACAGUUCCGUCAGGGCCGCCGGUAUUUUUUCAAUGGAAAGUUUAUCCUGCAUGAAGUCAUAGGUGUCUUUUUCUAAAAAUCUUGUGUCUGAUUAAAAGAGAAAAAAUGAUUUUUAAAAUAAUAGACAAAAUUUUUUAAAACCGCCACAGGAAGCCUCGUCCCCGCCGGCGGCGGUUCAGGCCAGCGCGGCUUCGACAAACGCAGCGUCGCCUGUGCUUCCCUCAGGAGGGGCCGAGGUGGCUGCCGGCGCCCUGGCGUCUCCGUCCGGGUUUCCCUUACAGGCCUCUAUUUUCAGGGGUUUCCACGUGCUCGGGCCGCAGCGAGUAAAUAAUUUUAGGGCCCACAUUCAAUCUUUGGAACGAGAAUUUUUUUUCCCUUUAAAUGAUAAAAUGACCUAGAGAUAAAUGUACAGUUUUACUGGAGUUUGGCUCCUUUGACCUUUUCUAAAUCAGGAAUAAUCAAUGGGUGUAGAGGUUCAUGGUUGAAGUACCCUUUGAGGCAUUCUGUAGAUUUCUGGCCACUUAAACGACUACGUGGCCCGACCACAGGAAACAGCUCCCCUCACCUGAGCAAUAAAACAUGUUUUCGAUCGUUAGGUGGCCUGGCCGCUCCCCGAACCCCAGAGCCUCGCGUGGGGCCGCACCCGACGCAGCGCCUGGUCCUUCUCCAGGACACGUGCCACUUCCCUCUCGCUUUUGUGGUUUCCUCUCAUAGGCGGAUUUUAAUGAAAUUGUUACUUUUGAGACAUCGAACCCUUGCGUGAGCUUGUAUUUUUUAAUUGAAUGGAUCAUAAAAGAUUCCCGGGCACUUUUGUCUACGGCCUCCGUGACUCUUUUUACACUGUGUGGUCGGCGAGCGGCACAAAACUUUGACUCCGAUGACCAGUUGCACAGUCCCUGCCUCUGCCGUGUCCUGCGUGCUCGUCUCUGACAAAUAAAUGAUUAU